AUGGAUUCCCAACCUUCUUACGAUGUGUUAGUGGAAGGCCUCCAGUCCGUCGAUGUCACGGGAGAUUUCAACCCUUGUGAACUUUUGCUCACAGGAGACCGAGCCUUCCCAGUGCUUGUGGAUUCCAAGGGCCAAGUUCUCAUCGCUGCAGCCCAAUAUGGGAAAGGCCGGAUGGUGGUCACGGCGCAUGAAGUCAUGAUACAGCUUCCCCAGUUCUUGCCGUUCGUUAAAAAUGCUCUGGAGUGGCUUAGACCUUCUCCAAUGGCACCUGUAGGAGUCCACAGAAGCCUGGAUGCCCUCUACAAACUGCUCCUCAGUAGCGGUAUUAAAGUCCAAGCAGGUGCAACGCUUGGAGACUCUCCUGGGGUCUUCUGCAGAGAUGCCUACGAUGAUGUGGAGGCAGAUGACCUUGUACAGUUUGUGAAGAGAGGCGGGAGGCUGCUCAUUGGUGGCCAGGCCUGGCAUUGGUCAUAUCAACACGGGAAGGAGGCAGUCCUGGUUCGAUUUCCUGGAAACCUGGUGACCGGUGUGGCUGGAGUGUAUUUCACGGCCAAUGUGGGAGAAAAUGGUGUUUUCUCUGUGCCUGAAAAAAUUCCCAAGAUUCCCCUCAUCACCGAACACGGAAUAGAUGUUCAAAAGGAUUUAGUAACUCUUCUGAAAGGAGUGGAGAGAUUCAAUGUGAAGGGCGAUGACCUCCAGAAUGAAAUGACUCCAUCUCCCUUGCUUAUCCAUGCAGCCCUGGCAUUUCCAGUUGGCGUAAGUGAUACCUACCACUCCUUCCUGGCAGCUGCAUACUACGGCCGAGGACGCAUCGUUGUUGCCUCUCAUGAAGGCUUCCUUAGCAUAUCAUCAAUGAAAUCUUUCCUCCUCAAUGCCGUCAGUUGGCUUUCUGCUGGGAAGGGAAGACAGGUGGGCAUUGGAGACAACUUACAGGAACUUUACUCCAUGUUAAACCAAGCAAUGAUUCCCUGUGAGCUAACCAACUUUAAGGAAGGCCUAGGCAUAUACUGUUGUACAGCCUAUGAUGCCAAAGACAUGGAAAGCAUCCACGAAUUUGUCUCUGAAGGAGGAGGGCUCCUAAUCGGGGGUCAAUCUUGGUAUUGGGCUUCCGUGAAUCCUAACUCCAGUGCUAUUGCAGAAUAUCCAGGAAAUAAGAUCCUGAAUAAGUUUGGAAUUGGGAUUAUUGACGCAUAUUUUGAGAUACCUGAAAACAGCUGUCCUGCCAGAGAGGCCAGCGAAGUGGCUUCCACUUAUCAUUUCCGGAAAGCAUUCUUGCAGUUCAAGAAACAUAUUCGAAACGAGCAGAUUCUACAACCGUCAUAUUCCUCGUGGCUGCAGAGAUUGGUGGAAGACAUUGAGAUAUUCCUUCAGAUCCCAGCUACGAACUCCCGUCUCUUGUCCUCAGUUCAUGAAGAGGCUCUAGAGUUGGUUCAAAUUAAAGGGAUUCCCGAGGUCAGUGUACAUAACCCAAUCCAAGCCAAUUCAGACCAAGCCAUCUUACUUCAAAUAGCUUCUGUGCUCUAUAACGUUCUACCAGAGUUUCAAGGCUUAGUACCCAGCUUGAAGCCAUAUGAUCCAAGCUCUUACCCUACAGCACCUCCUCAAAAAAUUCAAAUAAAUGGAAGCAACACAGGAAAUGAAGCUUGGAGAAGCACUGGCAUGUAUGCUCCACCGGCAACAACGGUCACUUUAUUAUCCCCCCCCUCCAUCCUCAAUGCAAAACUGCAGGUGCAGAUUGGGUGCCACACUGACCGUUUAGUUAAUCUCGAGGAAUGGAAGCGUCCUCCAGUGGUGACAAGGCGGUUUUCGGUGAAGACUGAGAAGAUGGAGAUCUCCAGCUUGUGGGGAGGCCUCUUGUACAUCAUCGUGCCAGAAAACUCUUCAUUGGGCUACUUCUCUAUCACCAUAGAAGGGGCCACCCAGGCGCCUUAUUUCAAGCAUGGUGAAACCAGCAUCCAGGAUUGGCAAGAUACGAUCCGCCACUAUCCUGCUCCCUGGGCGGAACUGGAAAUCGAGAAUAUUAUUCUCACGCUGCCCUCAGACGCUGUACGUAGUCAUGCUAGAAUUGACUUCCUGCUCCAGACCUGGGAUCAGAUGAUGAGGGCCAUCGCCCACUUAGCAGCCAUCCCUCCUAUUUUUCCCAGGCCAGAGAGGAUUGUGGCAGAUGUUCAGAUAUCAGCAGGUUGGAUGCACGCUGGCUAUCCAGUCAUGAGUAAUGUGGGGGCCCUACCGGAGAUCAUAGAUGUGCAAGCUUUCCACACCAAAGGAACCUGGGGCCCAAUCCAUGAGUUGGGUCACAACCAGCAGAAAAGCGGGUGGAAUUUCUCACCCCAUACCACGGAAGCCACCUGCAACCUCUGGUCUGUUUAUGUUAAUGAGACCGUGCUGAGCAUCUCCCGAGAAAUAGCCCAUCCAGAGCUUCUACCGGAUGCAAGAAGAGAGAGGAUUGAGACCUACAUUAGAAACGGAGCUAAUCUGGAGGACUUUGAAGUGUUCAUGGCACUUGAACCCUAUUUGCAGCUGCAGGAAGCCUUCGGUUGGGACCCCUACAUCCACAUUUUAGCGAAAUACCAAACCAUGAGCAACAUCCCAGAUGACAACCGCUACAAGAUGAACCUGUGGGCAGAAACCUUCUCUCAGGAAGUCAACAGAAACCUGGGACCUUUUUUCAAAACCUGGGGGUGGCCCAUUGAGGACAGCAUCUCCGAGAAGCUGGCCAUGUCCUACCCUGCCUGGGCUGAGGAUCCCAUGAUACAGUAUCGGCACUCUUGAAGGACCAGAAGCCCAAGACCGUCCCCAUCAGUGAACACUGGA